AUUAUCUUGUGCUCUCUCUUGCGUUGUAUGCAUGGCUUCUCUUCCUUUUACAGCUACACCAAAUCCUGCAUUUUCUCAAACUAUCCCCAAGAAAAAUCUCAAAUUAACUCAAACUAGUCUCUCAAGUCCCCAUGAAACUGAUCACACUUAUCAAAAUUUGUACAAAUCCUACUUUCACCACAUAUCAUCCCUUUGUAAAGAAAAACAAAUUCAAGAAGCUGUUGAUUUGUUAACCAAAAUGGAGCAUGAAAAUUUCCAAAUUGGACCUGAAAUCUACGGUGAAAUCCUUCAGGGAUGUGUUUACGAGCGAGCCAUAUACACUGGUCAGCAAAUUCACGCCAGAAUUCACAAACAUGGUGAUCUCUUUUCAAGAAACGAGUACAUUGCAACAAAGUUAGUUGUUUUCUAUGCCAAAUGUGAUGUUUUGGAUAUUGCCUAUAGUUUGUUUUUUAGAUUAAGGGUGAAAAAUGUGUUUUCUUGGGCUGCUAUUAUUGGAUUAUAUUGUCGGAUGGGAUUAUGUGAAGAGGCUAUAAUGGGUUUUGUUGAAAUGCAAGAUAAUGGGGUUUCUCCCGAUAAUUUUGUUGUGCCUAAUGUUUUAAAGGCUUGUGGUGCUUUAGGGUGGAUUGGAUUUGGGAGAGUAGUACAUGGAUAUGUAAUGAAGGUGGGUUUCAAUGGUUGUGUCUUUGUAGCUAGUAGUUUGAUAGAUAUGUAUGGGAAAUGUGGGGUUCUGGAUGAGGCAAGAAAGGUUUUUGAUGGUAUGUUAGUGAAGAAUGCAGUCGCUUGGAAUUCUGUGAUUGUGGGGUAUGUGCAAAAUGGGCUAAAUGAGGAAGCAAUUGCGGUGUUUUAUGAUAUGAGAUUGGAAGAUGUUGAAGUUACUCGAAUCUCUGUGACAAGCCUUCUAUCAGCUUCAGCCAAUUUAGAUUCACUUGAAGAGGGUAAGCAAGCGCAUGCUAUUGCGGUUGUAAGUGGGAUGGAAUUAGAUAACAUUUUAGGUAGUUCUAUUAUAAAUUUUUAUUCCAAGGUUGGUCUGAUUGUAGAGGCUGAGCUAGUUUUUAGUAGAAUGAUUGAGAAAGAUAUGGUAACAUGGAAUCUACUCAUUGCUUGUUAUGUGCAAAAUGGACAGAUUCACAAGGCGCUCAAUAUGUGUCAUUUGAUGAGGUCAGAAUUUCUGAAAUUUGACUGUGUGACUUUAGCAUCCAUAUUGGCUGCAGCAGCUGAUACAAGAGACAUAAAACUUGGUAAAGUGGCACACUGUUAUUGUAUUAGAAACAAUCUUGACUGUGACAUGGUUGUUGCAAGUAGUAUUUUAGAUAUGUAUGCCAAAUGUGAGAGAACCAAUGAUGCAAGAGAAAUUUUUAAUUCCAUAUCUCACAGAGAUAUUGUGAUGUGGAAUGCAAUACUAUCUGCUUAUGCAAACUUGGGUCUGAGUGGUGAGACCUUGAGGUUGUUCUAUCAGAUGCAGUUGGAGGGUACAUCACCUAAUGUUAUAUCAUGGAAUUCUGUGAUUUUGGGGUUUCUUAGGAAUGGCCAGGGCAAUGAGGCUAAGGACAUGUUAAGGCAAAUGCAGUCCUCUGGUGUAAAACCUGAUCUAAUCACAUGGACUACUCUUAUCACUGGUAUGUCUCAGAAUGGUUUUGGAGAUGAGGCAAUUCUGUUUUUCCAGAAAAUGCAGGAAGCUGGUAUUAAACCUGGUGCCCCUAGCAUCACAUCCGCACUCUCAGCUUGCACAGAUGUGACGUCUUUGCAGAAUGGAAGAGCCAUUCAUGGCUAUGUCACUAGGCAGCACCUUUGCUUGCUGACUCCAAUUGCAACAUCUUUGGUGGAUAUGUAUGCUAAAUGUGGAAAUAUACAUCAAGCGAAGAGGAUCUUUGAUAUAAUACCAAGCAAGGAAUUGCCUGUAUAUAAUGCAUUGAUAUCUGGUUAUGCAUUGCAUGGUCAAGCUGUAGAAGCUCUGGCAUUAUACAAAUGUCUACUGAACAAAGGUAUAGAACCGGAUAGCAUAACCUUUACUAAUAUCCUGUAUGCAUGCAGCCAUGCUGGACUGGUAAAUGAAGGUUUGGAGAUUUUUGUUAAUAUGGUCUCUGAUCACAAUAUCGAACCCAGUAUGGAGCAUUAUGGAUGUGUGGUUAAUCUUCUUUCUCGAUGUGGUAAUCUAGAUGAAGCAUUUAAAGUCAUUCUCACAAUGCCAUACAAGCCAGAUGCACAAAUAAUUGGAUCGCUGAUUAGCAGUUGUGGAGUGUACCAUGAGACUGACCUUGUGGAAUACUUAUCCAAACAUAUAUUUCAGCUGGAACCAGACAAUCCAGGAAAUUAUGUGGCACUUUCAAAUGCUUAUGCAUCUGCUGGAAGGUGGAAAGAGGUUUUGACAGUGAGAGACCUAAUGAAAGAAAAGGGGCUGAAGAAGAUUCCUGGGUGCAGCUGGAUUCAAAUUGGAGGUGAAUUUCAUUCGUUUGUUGCAGGCGAUACAUCUCAUCCAAAAACUGAGGAACUUUAUGCAACAUUGGCUUUAUUGGGAAUGGAAAUGCAUGUUAAGGCUGAAUUUAUCUGCGGUUGAGCACAAUAUUAUUCAUAUUGUUUGACAGCUCCAAGAGACAACCAUGCUAAGUAAAAAGAAAACACUGUGCGGACAAUUCAAUCCCACUUCUCCUUUUGGAAUUGAAUAAUUUAUGCCAUGUUGACUGCUUGGAAGAUAACAUGGAACCAAGGUUUCGGGGAAAAGAUUAAUCUAACUAGUCUGACUUAUAGAAACUACAAGCUAGUGCUCAUGAAUCUAAGCUCAGUAUGAGUAGCUAGACACAAGAAUCUACUCUAGGCAGUUUUGUACAUAUAGAGUUGAACAUGAACAGCAUCUCUGCCCUGUAUCUUCACUUCUUUUCUGAAUAUGAAUAGCUCACUGUUAUCUUGUCAGACUUA